GCCGAACCAACCUCCCUUAGGCACUUUCUACAGAGCAGCUAAUCAAAAAAAAAAAAAAAAAACCUUGUUCUUCUCUUCUUCUUCCUCUCUCACAAAUUUGACUUUCAUAGAAGAAAAAAAUGGUGACUACAUCGUCACGAACCAAGUCAAACGGACCGGUGCUUCGUUCACAAUCACCGUCAGGUCGAUUUUGCGGUGGUUACUCAAGAGCCGUUCCGUCAUCUUCUUCAUCAGCUUUCGCUUCAUCAACGAGUUCUAGCUUUUCAUCUCCGUCGUCAGCUUUUUUCAGCAAUCACCGUCAUCACGAGAGCAAUCACAGUCACCACCGAUCUGCGUCACCGACUCGUGUGAAUCUCUACACAGCGCAACCGAUGUCUCAGUCGUUUCGUUACUCUCUCGAUAGCAGAUCUAUAUCUCCGACUAACAAAUCGAUCUCCGUUUCGAAGAAUCAGCCACCGAGCCAUAAUCACAAGAUCUCAAGGAGAUGUAUGUGUUCUCCGACGACGCAUCCAGGAUCUUUCAGAUGCAGUCUACAUAAGAACGUAGCGAAUCCACAUGGUCAAGGUACAGCUUCGUAUACAACGAAUGGAUUGAAUAUGCGUCGAUCUGCGAUGACUAAUUCGCUGGUGAGAAUUGGUGGUGUUGAAGGAGAGUGGGUGAGAAGAGCUUUGACUACUUUGAUUCGACCUUCUUCGCAUCAUCUGAAAAGACGAGCUGCUUAUCAGCCACGUCCUAGUCGACUCUCAAUCAUGGCGAAAGCUGAUGAGAAUUGAUUUUGAUCUGGAUUUUGGUUAAUUCAGGUUUGUUUUGUUUGUUGUUCUUCUCUCUUUAAACGAAAACCACCACAGGAUUUAGUAGAUCCGGCGAAGAAGUCUUGUUAUGAAGCUGAGGUCUGCGAAGAAGAAUCAUCCUCGAGAAAUCGAGAUUUUGUAAAAGGAAGAAACACACACCUAUCAUAAUUUUUUUGUUGUUGGGUGAAAGAAGAUGCUAGAAUGCAUUGUACAUACGUUCUCUUUUUUACUGUUUUUGUUGCUCUCUCUUGCGUCUUUGUCGAACCCCAAAAAAAAAAAAAUGUUCGGAGUCUCACCAAAAAUUAGAGACCUAAAAUCGAAAAUCAAAGAACUGAAUCUAAUUUCUGUAUUGAACAAAGUGAGAUUUCUCAUUCCUCAC